AUGUUUAUAUAUAUGUGUGUGUAUAUGUGUAUAUUUAUAUACUAUGUGUAUAUAGAUGUCUAUGUGCUCCUCACCUACCAUCCAUUAAAGGAGACUCCUCAGCUGGGGGAGACUGAGGAGAGAUCUACAGGCGCAGUCCCUGGAGCUGCCACCCUCACUCUCUGCCACCUUCUUUGUGUCAGACUUGAUAAAAUGUCUUUCUUCUCGUCAUGGAUCAAAGCUAUUUUAAUCAUUGGCUUGGCAUUUCCUCUUUAUUGUGAAACUUCUUUUGCAUCUUCAAGAAAAACACAUGACAUGCGUGGUGCUCCAGUGUGUGGUAUAUAUGUUGGUCAAUUACAUUUUUGUACCAGAGAAAUGGAUCCAAUCUGUGCAACAAAUGGCAAAACAUACUCCAAUAAAUGCGUUUUCUGCAGUGAAAAAAUAGAAAAGGGAAGAUUUGAUUUUAGUCAUUGGGGUCAUUGCUGA